AAACGCCCUGGACACAGUUUCUCCAAGUUGACAACAUCAGUGACAGUGUGAUCCAUUCCAACAAUUUUUUAGUGAAUGUGCCCAAUAAUAGUGAAAUUGGAGGGCUGAUACAGUUAUAAUUUUUUAAAUAGGUUUCAGUUCAAUUCUUCCACGUCCACAACAAUUUGCGAGUUGGACGUAACAAUCUUCUGAGCUUAGUCUGUAGGCUUACAGAAGAACCAUGCCAGCCGUGCGAGGUGAUGGCAUGCGAGGCUUGGCAGUUUUCAUAUCUGACAUCAGAAACUGUAAGAGCAAGGAGGCUGAAAUUAAAAGAAUCAACAAAGAAUUAGCUAAUAUACGCAGCAAAUUUAAAGGAGAUAAAACCCUAGAUGGGUAUCAGAAGAAAAAAUAUGUUUGCAAGCUGCUCUUUAUAUUCCUUUUGGGGCAUGAUAUCGACUUUGGACACAUGGAAGCUGUUAAUCUAUUGUCCUCAAACAAAUACUCCGAAAAACAAAUAGGUUAUCUUUUUAUAUCGGUACUAGUAAAUACAAACAGUGAACUAAUCAAGCUCAUCAUCCAAAGCAUAAAAAACGACCUUGCGUCUAGAAAUCCAAUUCACGUGAAUUUAGCUCUACAAUGUAUUGCAAAUAUUGGAAGCCGAGAAAUGGCUGAGGCUUUUGGCAAUGAUAUUCCAAAACUAUUAGUUUCUGGUGAUACGAUGGAUGUUGUGAAACAAAGCGCUGCGUUGUGUCUAUUGAGACUUUUCCGAACCUCACAGGAAAUUAUUCCUGGUGGGGAAUGGACUUCACGAAUUAUUCAUUUACUCAAUGAUCAACAUAUGGGCGUAGUAACAGCAGCGACAAGUCUUAUUGAUGCUUUAGUAAAAAAGAACCCUGAAGAAUACAAGGGUUGCGUUUCUUUAGCGGUGUCGAGGCUGAGCAGAAUUGUAACAGCUAGCUAUACAGACUUGCAAGACUACACUUAUUAUUUUGUCCCAGCACCAUGGCUCUCUGUGAAAUUACUCCGUCUGUUGCAAAACUAUACCCCUCCAGCUGAAGAUCCGGGGGUUCGAGGCCGACUAAAUGAAUGCUUGGAAACCAUUUUAAAUAAAGCUCAAGAAGCGCCCAAGUCAAAGAAAGUUCAGCAUUCUAAUGCGAAAAACGCGGUUUUGUUUGAGGCAAUCAGUCUCAUUAUUCAUAAUGAUAGUGAAGCCAAUUUGUUGGUGCGAGCUUGUAAUCAGCUUGGUCAGUUCCUGAGCAAUAGAGAGACUAAUUUGAGAUAUUUAGCUCUAGAGUCUAUGUGCCACUUAGCCACCUCAGAAUUUUCACACGAAGCUGUUAAAAAACACCAAGAAGUUGUUAUUUUAUCAAUGAAAAUGGAAAAAGAUGUUUCGGUAAGGCAGCAAGCCGUCGAUUUGCUUUAUGCAAUGUGCGAUAAAAGCAACGCGGAAGAAAUUGUUCAAGAAAUGUUAAAUUACCUGGAAACCGCUGACUAUUCUAUCAGAGAAGAGAUGGUGUUGAAAGUUGCCAUAUUGGCAGAGAAAUAUGCAACAGACUACACUUGGUAUGUUGAUGUUAUUUUGAAUCUAAUAAGAAUAGCUGGAGACUAUGUUUCGGAAGAAGUGUGGUACAGAGUUAUCCAGAUUGUAAUCAACCGAGACGAGGUGCAAGGCUAUGCAGCAAAAACCGUCUUUGAAGCAUUACAAGCUCCGGCAUGUCACGAGAACAUGGUUAAAGUUGGCGGAUACAUCCUUGGGGAAUUUGGCAACUUAAUAGCCGGCGACCAAAGAUCGUCUCCGUCAGUUCAAUUCCAGCUUCUUCAUUCGAAAUACCAUCUUUGCUCUCCCAUGACAAGAGCACUGCUUCUCUCUACCUACAUUAAAUUUAUCAAUUUAUUCCCUGAGAUCAAAACGCAAAUCCAGGAUGUAUUUAAACAAGAUAGCAACUUACGCUCGGCCGACGCCGAACUGCAGCAAAGAGCUUCGGAAUAUCUACAACUUAGCGUUAUAGCUAGCUCCGAUGUGCUGGCCACAGUCCUAGAGGAAAUGCCUGCAUUUCCGGAAAGGGAAAGCUCUAUUUUGGCAGUACUCAAAAAGAAAAAGCCGGGCCGAGUUCCCGAGAACGAGGUCAAAGAAAGCAAAAGUCCCACUCCAGUUGCAACUUCAAAUCAUAAUAACGACAUUAACGCAAGCAGCACCAAUCAAGCUGAUUUGUUGGGUCUUUCGACGCCUCCAACUUCACAACCCCAUAAUGCAAGCAGCACUGGUGUUCUUCUGGACGUGCUGGGCGAUAUUUAUAGUAAACCAAACAACAAUGUUUCAGCACAAAACUCCUCUUGGGUAAUCGAUCCCAAAAAGUUCGUUUGUAAAAACAACGGCGUUCUAUUUGAGAACAAUCUCAUCCAAAUCGGGGUAAAAAGCGAAUUUCGUCAAAACCUAGGCAGAUUAGGUUUGUUUUACGGUAACAAAACCACCACUCCUCUGCAAACGUUCGUGCCUACUCUUUUGUGGGGCGACGAUCAAGCCGCUAAACUCAGUGUUCAAAUGAAGUCUGUUGAACCGCUCUUAGAAGCUGGCGCUCAAAUUCAACAAAUGAUCAAUGCUGAAUGUAUUGAUGAUUAUACCGAUUCGCCAAGUAUUUCAUUGAGCUUCGUUUAUAACUCGGUACCCCAGAAGAUCACGAUCAAGCUUCCAUUGACACUAAAUAAGUUUUUCGAACCAACAGAGAUGAAUGGAGAGUCUUUCUUUGCGCGAUGGAAGAAUUUGGGGAACACCAACCAACAGAGGUCUCAAAAAAUCUUCAAAGCUUCUCAAGCAAUGGAUCUUCAAGCCGCACGAACAAAGAUGCUUGGAUUCGGCAUGCAGCUUUUGGACGGAAUUGAUCCCAAUCCCGACAACUUUGUAUGUGCAGGAAUUAUCCACAUGAGGUCCCAACAAGUUGGCUGCUUACUCCGUUUGGAACCAAACAAAAAUGCUCAGAUGUAUCGUUUGACCGUGCGCUCAAGCAAGGAAAGCGUAUCAGUAGAAAUUUGCGAGCUUCUAGCUGAUCAAUUUUAAAUCUUAACUAAAUUUGGUAAAAUACAUUCCAGUUACUAUAGCUGUGUAAUAAAUAUCAGAAAAAUCAUUUGUAAAAUAUCGUAUUGUAACAGUUCGUUGUUAACUUUUUGAGAUAAAGACUACUUUGAGGAAGUAUCAUAUACUCCGAUUGUGAAGUGAAGUAGAAUUGACUUAUUGUUAUUUCGAGUCGCAGCAAAAGUAUGCAUUUACGGUUGGGGUAUUGGCAGAUCCAAACAUAUAUGACAUAAUAUAUUGAUAAAACUAGGUGGGUACCAGUCUCUUUCGAUAAAUUUAAUUCUCAGGAUAAAAAUUUGUUGAAAUUUAUGUUCUUAGAAUUAAAUUUUCCAGACCACAGAUCAGAUGUAUCAUGGCAGGUCGGUACAAGAAAAGGCUAUCGAAACGCAUAGGCAGUUCUAACUUCAUUUCUUGGUCCCAUAAUGUAAACAAAUUCUUCGCACGUUGUAAAGUUACUUUACGUUCGCUUCUUCACCGAUUUGAUUCAAUGCACUGACAUUUGUUAAAUGUGGCUAACAUAAUAGACAAUAAGCCUCACAUGCCCCCCAUGUAACCAAAAAUGUAUGUAAAAAGACAAAGAUUUUAACUCGUGAAAUGUGUAUUAGAUGUACUAGGUUCGUCCUCAUUUAUUUCUCUUAGUAAUUGUGAGUUGGAGAUAGAUAGAUAGUGAUGUUUUUUAAAUUGUUAAUACUCUAUUCCAGUCGAUCAAAUGCCAUUUCACUUAGGCCAUCGGUAAAUCCUAAUUUAAUAUUAAAAGUAGGAAAGAAUGAUUUGCGAUCUUAUAUCGAAGCUGAGCCAAAUCAUACCUUUAGCGGAAUUGGAGGUCGCAAUCAGUUUUAUUUAUGACGUGGUUUUUGUUACUGUAUAUCUUCAGGGCCUUUAAACGAACAAAUGAAGUAAGAUAAUUUAUAAAUCACAGUUUCAUAUAGUUCUUGUAUCAAUAAAUUGGAAAACGCUUAUGCUUAAAAGCAAAUAAGCCAAAAUAGCUACAAAUAUUGUGUCUCCAAUUUAGAUUUAAGAAAAUUGCACCAAAAACAUAUGAAGAGCUUAAAGAGUAAGAAGGAGUGUAACUUAGAAAUAGAUUUGAAUUUGAACUCGAACUUUCUGUUAAAGUUCAUUAAGUAGCAUUUAAUAUAUUACAUGUAUCGUUACGUUUUGUAUUAAAUUAUUCAUUUUAUUCGAGGAUCAUUGAUGUAUAUUUAAAUUAUUUCUUAAACAGAUCUGCAAAGUCGAAUAAGUUCUAUCAUUUUUUGCUAUUUACGUUAUGUAUAGACCCUUCCUUCCUUAGUUACAAAGUAUAUAUGUAAAAACAUGCAAUGUAUAAUUUAUCAUUAAAUGUAAUUUAAAUGUUA